AUGCAGUUCCCAUACCAUGCAUUAGCAGUUACUCUGUCUUUGAGAACUAAGAAGCUUGUCAGCCCAAGUAUCCAUUUCAGCUGGUUGUCUCUUAGCAGGGAGCUGGUUUUCCUCAUCCUGCAGUUCCUCGAUGAGGAGAAGUUCAAGGAGACGGUGCACAAGCUGGAGCAGGAGUCGGGCUUCUACUUCAACAUGAAGCACUUCGAGGACCUCGUGCAGGGCGACGAGUGGGAUGAGGUGGAGAGGUACCUCAGCGGCUUCACCAAGCUGGAGGACAACCGCUACUCCAUGAAGAUCUUUGAGAUCCGCAAGCAGAAGUACCUGAGGCCCUUGAUAGUGCCUUUCAGUCUGAACUGGCAACAUCAGCUCUGCAAGAACCCCAGACCAAACCCUGACAUCAAGACACUCUUUACUGAUCACUCUUGUGCUGCUCCUACCAAUGGAGUAAGAGCACCUCCACCUACCAAUGGUCCGCUUGUUGGAUCCAUCCCUAAGUCAGCUGGAUUUCCACCAAUGGGUGCUCAUGCUCCACACCAAUGA